AUGUCAAGUAAUAGAGAACAAGUGUUUCCGACCCGUAUGACAUUAGGGUUGAUGAAAAUCAAAUUGAAAGGAGCCAAUCAAGGUCAUUCUUUGUUGAAAAGAAAAUCGGAAGCAUUAACUAAAAGGUUCCGAGACAUCACAAAGAGGAUAGACGACGCUAAGCAAAAAAUGGGUCGAGUUAUGCAAACUGCGGCUUUUUCAUUAGCAGAGGUCACGUAUGCUACUGGUGAAAACAUUGGAUACCAAGUUCAAGAGAGUGUGUCAAAUCAAAGUAGGUUCAAAGUCAAAGCACGUCAAGAGAAUGUCAGUGGUGUGUAUUUGCCUCAAUUCGAGUCAUUUAUUGAUGGAUCGAUAAAUGAUUUCAAACUUACUGGGCUUGGUCGCGGUGGUCAACAGGUGCAACGUGCUAAAGAGAUAUAUACUAAAGCAGUGGAGACUUUGGUGGAGUUGGCAUCGCUACAGACGGCAUUUAUUAUAUUAGAUGAAGUUAUUAAAGUGACUAAUAGAAGGGUGAAUGCUAUCGAACACGUUAUUAUUCCAAGAACUGAGAAUACAAUAGCUUAUAUUAAUAGUGAAUUGGAUGAAUUAGAUAGAGAAGAGUUUUACAGAUUGAAAAAAGUUCAAGAGAAGAAACAAAAAGAGACGGCUAGAUUAGAUGCAGAAUUAAAAGCUAAAAGACUAAUGUUGGAGAGGAAAGCAGAAGAUGAAAACAAGGGGGAAGGGGAAGAAGAAGGAAUGGCUGAAAAUGCAAAUGAAGAUUCUAAACUUUUAAGACAGGAGAGCGAGGAAAAAGAAACAGUAGAUGAAAAUAAUAAGCAGGAGACAGUUGAAAAUUUAAUUGCCGACACAGAGGAGGAUAUUAUAUUUUAA